UGUUGGGAAAAUUAUAUUUUUUUACAAUUAUGUGCGGAACAAAGCUGCGAAAACGUAUUCCCCGAGGGAAGUAUUUUACCUCAGUACAGUUUCCUGCUCAUCUAAAUUCUUGAUUGAACCAAUGGAAAUUCUGAGUUUUAAGAGAAGGCGGGACGCUUUGAAGGAACUGUGAAGAUCAGCCAAUCGCCGUCUGUCUUUAAACGUGACUUCAGCUUCCUAGUUCGGUUGCAGUGUACCCAUGUGGGUUCUAUGUUGACUUGCUGCCUUGAAGAAAGUUGAGUUAACUAUAUCUAUAGUUUACUGUGAAACGCCGCUUGUCGCGUGCCACAAUGUCUUCGCCUUUCUUUAUGAAGAAAAAAGAAAACCCCAAAUUUGCCAAAAAAGGGAAAAAUACAGCAGUGCUGAAACGAAAGGCUGAUGGGGACUCAGGUGGAAAGAGCAAACUACGAGCCAAGAAACCCAACUCCAAACACAACGAAGAGAUUUCUAGCGACUCUGAGACAGAGAGUCCUGUAGUGCCCAGAAAAAGACAGUCCAAGGAAGAGAUUGAUUAUGAGGAAACGCCACAGGAGAAGAAGCUUAGAUUAGCCAAACUUUACCUCGAACAGCUAAAAGAAGAAGAGGAAGAUAAAGCAGAAGAAGACUCAUUUGAGACUGAUCUGAUUGCUGGAAGACUUCAAGAAGACGUGCUUGAACAAAAAGGAAAGCUUCAGCGGCUUAUUGCCAAAGAUCUCAUGCCGCCAGAUGCUUCAGAAAUCAGGGUUUUAAGAGGACACAAACUUCCAAUUACCUGUCUGGUCAUCAGCUCUGAUGACAAGUUCAUCUUUUCUGCUGCCAAAGACUGCUCCAUCAUUAAGUGGGAUGUUGAGACUGGGAAGAAACUGCACACAAUGCCUGGCGGAAGGAAAGGUACAGAGGAUCGGCAUGUUGGACAUACAGCGCAUAUCCUGUGUAUGGCCAUAUCAUCAGAUGGAAAAUUCUUGGCCACUGGAGACGUGAACAAACUGAUCAUGAUCUGGGAGGCAGAAACAUGUAAACAUCUAUAUAAAUUCACAGGACACAAAGGGCCUGUUUCGGGUCUUUCAUUCAGGAAGGGAACUCAUGAUCUGUACAGCGCCUCUCAUGAUCGCUCAAUAAAGGUGUGGAAUGUGGACGAGAAUGCGUAUGUGGAAACUCUCUUUGGGCAUCAGGAUGCCAUCACAGGACUGGACAGUCUGAGCCGUGAGUGCUGUGUGACUGCAGGAGGAAGGGACCGCUCGGUGCGGGUGUGGAAGAUAGCCGAGGAAUCUCAGCUGGUGUUCCACGGCCACGAGGGUUCAAUUGAUUGUAUCCAGCUCAUAAACGAGGAGCACAUGAUAACAGGAGCUGAUGAUGGCUCUGUGUCUCUGUGGAGUGUCAACAAGAAGAAGCCUCUCUGCACAGUUAAGCAGGCUCACGGUCGCCAUGGUGAUGCAGGGCUGGAGCAGCCUCAUUGGGUCGCCUCGGUAGCAGCGCUUCAGAACUCAGAUACAGUCGCCUCAGGUGCCUCUAGCUGUUCACACAACUCUCAGGUGCAGCUGUGGAAGUGUGGCCAGAAUUACCGUGGGCUGCAGCCUCUAUUCAGUGUGCCAGUGUCCGGUUUCAUCAACAGUCUGAAGUUUUCGAGCUCCGGUCAGUUCUUGGUGGCAGGAGUUGGACAGGAGCACAGGUUGGGUCGAUGGUGGAGACUAAAAGAGGCCAAGAAUGGGAUCUAUGUUAUUCCUCUUAAAAGGAAACCUCCAAAUCCAGAGGAAGCCAAGUUGACUGAAUAGUGAACUGUUAAGUGUCUUAUUAUUUUGUAAAUUAAACGUUUAAAAACUGCCUA